GGGGAGGGCUAAUCCAGUUUGCAGCUGUCGUAGACCAAUGAUGAAUCACCUUUCCGUCAUUUGGCCAUGCUCCCCUUGCUCAGGGAGGAGGGAGGACCUGGAGGAGGAAACAACAGUGGAGCGGGGCUGCGGCUCAGAGCGAGACAAUGUGAGCCUCUGUUCCCCAGCUAGCCCUCUCUUCCCAUUCUGCUCCAGAAUAACAAUAAUGUUUUCUCAGACAAGCCUUUUUGUGUCAUGGAUGGCUCCGGACUGUGACAUCGAGCUGCAAUAACAAGGAGUGACAUUGUUUCUGCUGGGGCAGGUGGAGGCAGAAUAAAGAAAGGGAGUGUGGUUUGAGAGGACUCAAAGCCAUCUAGGUCCAGGUCUAUGGAAAUGCAGGAUCUAGCCAGUCCGCACAGCCGAGUAAGUGGAAGCAGUGAAUCUCCUAAUGGUCCCAACCUUGACAACUCACACAUCGGUAACAAUUCCAUGACACCCAAUGGCACUGAAGGUGAUAACAUCACAAUGCUUACCACUGCAGACUGGUUGUUAGGUUCAAACUCACAGUCCGCUGCAGUUAAAACAGAACCAAUGAGCAGCACCGAAAUCGCCACCUCAGUAGCAGACACCUCUCUAGAUAGCUUCUCAGGAUCAGCUAUUGGAACCAGUGGCUUCAGCCCAAGACAAACGCACCAGUUUUCUCCACAGAUUUACCCUUCCAACAGAACAUAUCCGCAUAUUCUUCCUACCCCUUCAUCCCAAAAUAUGGCUGCGUAUGGACAGGCGCAGUACACCACAGGAAUGCAGCAGGCCGCAGCUUAUGCUAGCUACCCCCAGCCUGGCCAGCCCUAUGGCAUACCAGCUUAUGGUCCAUUGUGGGCAGGCAUAAAGACGGAGGGGGGUUUGAGUCAGUCCCAAUCCCCGGGACAGACAGGCUUCCUAAGCUACAGCUCUGGCUUCACAACACCACAGACAGGACAGGCCCCCUACAGCUACCAGAUGCAGGGUGGGACUUUCACAACAACGUCAGGAUUGUACACAGGAAAUAACUCCCUGACAAACUCAACUGGCUUCAACAGCACGCAACAGGACUACCCAAGUUAUCCAGCCUUCGGCCAGGGCCAGUAUGCUCAGUAUUAUAACAGCUCACCCUACACUUCACCCUACAUGACAAGUAACAACACCAGCCCCAGCACGCCCUCAACCACCACUACCUACACCCUCCAGGAACCACCCACUGGCAUCACCAGCCAAGCCCUCACAGACAACCCUGCAGGAGAGUACAGUACCAUCCACAGUCCAUCAACCCCCAUUAAAGAUUCAGAUUCAGAUCGAUUGCGCCGAGCCUCGGAUGGAAAGUCACGUGGCCGUGGAAGAAGGAACAACAACCCAUCACCGCCGCCCGACUCUGACCUUGAGCGAGUUUUCAUCUGGGACCUAGAUGAAACAAUCAUCAUUUUCCAUUCCUUGCUUACGGGUUCUUAUGCCAACAGAUAUGGACGGGACCCGCCAACAUCUGUAUCGUUAGGCCUUAGGAUGGAAGAAAUGAUCUUCAACUUGGCCGACACGCACUUAUUCUUUAACGACUUAGAGGAAUGUGACCAGGUGCACAUCGACGAUGUGUCCUCUGACGACAACGGCCAGGAUCUAAGCACGUAUAACUUCAGCGCUGAUGGUUUCCAUGCAGCAGCUACCAGUGCCAACCUAUGUCUGGCCACAGGCGUACGGGGAGGCGUGGACUGGAUGAGAAAGCUGGCCUUCCGCUACAGACGAGUAAAAGAAAUUUACACCACCUACAAAAAUAACGUUGGAGGUCUGCUGGGCCCGGCCAAAAGGGAAGCCUGGUUGCAAUUGCGAGCAGAAAUUGAAGCCUUGACGGACUCCUGGUUAACACUGGCACUGAAAGCACUAACAUUAAUCCACUCAAGGUCAAACUGUGUGAAUAUCUUGGUGACCACCACGCAGCUCAUCCCUGCCCUGGCUAAGGUCCUGCUCUACGGAUUGGGAAUUGUCUUUCCUAUCGAGAAUAUUUAUAGUGCAACCAAAAUAGGGAAGGAGAGCUGCUUUGAGAGAGUAAUUCAACGGUUCGGGAGGAAAGUUGUUUACAUUGUUGUUGGAGAUGGGGUAGAAGAGGAGCAAGGCUCAAAAAAGCACAACAUGCCCUUCUGGAGGAUCUCCAGCCAUUCAGACCUCAUGGCCCUCCACCAUGCUCUAGACCUGGAGUACUUGUAGCACCACACCACCAACGUGUACCCCCUGCUCCGCUUCGGCACACCACACAACCUUUCACCUUCGCCCUCCAGCCCCAUCCCACGCUUGCCACGGACCCCACAGCUCAGAAAAAAAAAAAGACAAAAAAACAAACAAAAAAAACAGCCGUGUUGCUGUGCUGCCUGGCGUCUGUCUGUCACUACAUAGGAAGAAAAGAAGAGGAGAACGGAAAAAAGACUGAGCACACGGUUAAUGUGCUGACAUACGGUCACACAUCGUCUUAACCCUAAACUCUUUCCUUCUUUCUUUUUUCCGGCGAAGCGAAGGAGAGAGAGAGAAAGAGAGAGAGAGAGCGAGGUGAAUUUACGGCGCUGCAGCUGCUUGCCCUGGUUACUGUGAAUUGGCCGCUUUCUGAAGCUGUCAAAGUGUUUUACAGCCCCCUGUUUGUGCCGGGACUCUGUCAGGGUUCACACCUGUGAGGAGAGCAGAGCUACUGAUGGCCUCGCCUCGCUUCGCCUCACUUCGCCCCAGAACUCAGUUACAGCGAACUGCAGGGCCCACAGCUACUGGUGGGGACUUUUCUGCGUCCCUCUGGCUCGCCCCACGUCUGCUCUUCGCCUCCGCUUUAUUUCUGUUCCUCUGUUUACCCACUUCCUAGCCUCCCCUUGGCUGUGGGGCAGAAAGACAAAGGAAGUGCUCCUCUGUAAAGCGUCGGCCUGGGAGCUCUGUGCUUCUUAUUUAUGAACAGACACUUUGUGAGUGGCACCGCACCACUGAGAAGGUACCUCGAUGAUAAAAGACUCGUGCCUUUCACAAAGUACUAUUGAUUUCCACCGCAGCGAGAGGAAGACUUUUAUGGAAGAGAGAAGAAAAGGGGGUUUUCUAAUAAUUUAAGAAAAUUACAAAAAACUUUAUUUACAAUGCUGAGACAAUCAUGUACAGAGGAAAUCUUUUGUGUGUGUGUGUGUGUGUGUCUAAGUUUGUAAUCACUGGACUAUUCCUUCCUAUAUUCAUUUUAGGUACAUGCUCUUGAAAGAUGGCAAUGCUUUUUCAUUGAAGUUUAAAAGAAAAGGCAUCCCAUCGCACAUAAGCUUGUGCGAGGACGCCUGAAAGUGUUGAUGUGUUAAAGUUACGUUCGAUAAACAAAAUAUGUAGAUAUUGGGAUUUUGUGAUAAAUUGUUUUGUCAAGACCAAAAGCAUGGAUGUCAAGUGUCAAGGACCUUUCUUUUCACUCUGUGAUGUUUUCUCGUCCUUACAGGAAACUUCAGUCACACACUUUAUAUAGAACAACAGGUCUCUUCUUACUAUACGACACAUAUAUCAAAGGGAAAAUAUACAUUGUUUUUUUUUUCUUUAGUUAUGCAGGAAGGUAGCUCACAACAUUGUGUCCUUAUGGCAUUUCACCAGCUUGCAGCCCUGACCCCAUAUAUUCAAAGGCAAACACAAUUCUGACGAGGGUUUUGGAUACGGCAGACGGGAAUUUCUGAGAGCCAUUUUAAUGUCAAAUUUGAAUAAAUCUGAUGUUUGAAAAAAACAAACAAAAAAGCAGGCUUGAAUAGGUUUUAUUAUCUUUUAUACAAGCACUAUAACAACUCUUGUACAGCAAGCGUAAUUUUGUAUACUGUAGUGUUUUUAUUUCGACUUUGAGAAUACAUUCUGUGUCCCUCUUUGAAGCAGCUGAAGUACACGAAGCCCUUUUUCGUAGCGCUUCUGCAUCUGUGGACGGGGAAACCAUAAUUAGCAUUGAGAGAAAAGCCACUAACUUCGAGAGGUUUGUGAACAUACAGGACAUGUGCUAUCGACUGUGAAUUUCUUAAACAGAAACCGACUCGUUCUGUUUCUAAUUUCUUUCCCUCCUUUGCACAUGAUCACUGUUGUCCUUUUACAUUUCAAUUCAAAUCCUUCUCUCUUCUGACGUACCCCUCCCCCCAGCCCCGGCAAUCACACGGGGUAUCUACAUAUUGCUGCUAGAUCAAGGUAAUGGUAGGUAAAUAGAGGAAAUGUUUUAUAGAUUCAUACAGCACGCUUUUUUUUAAUUAUGUUGCAAUCAUAAAUGCAAACUGGAAAUACUUUACACUACAUGGGCCUCAUUGUGGAAAAAAAACGCAAAAGAUUGUCGUGUCUGCAAAUUAUGUGUACAGAUGUUUUUGACAUUAUUAUUUGAUUGUGUUUAAAUUAAUAAAACUGAUUUGUGAACUGUUA